GGCAAGUUUCUGGUAGAGACGCUGGUUCCAGUUCUGGAUUCUAUCAGAUUGAGGUCUGUUUUUUUGUUUUUAUUUUGUUUUUGUUUUCAUGAACGAUGAUGAAAAAAGGAGGGAAGCAGCUGACUACAUGCUGACUGCACAUUUCAGAGCACAUCUGAAAAUAACAAGAUGGUGCUGUAAAACUGAAGAUUAAAACAAAGGAGCCCAGAAGGUGAUAGAAAAUGAGUAUUCCCAGCAAACCGUCCCUUCAAAAUGAUCCUAAGCAACUUGAAACACAGGAGGGGGAUCUCUGGCCUAAGGAGGCAAACAGCAAGGAAAAGCAGGGAAAAGAUUCCCCUAAAAUGAGUCAAACAGCGAGAACAGUGAUCAACCCUCUGACUCUGAUUAAAGAGGACUUUAACCAGCUUAAAGAGGAAGUGAAAAAACUGUUCACGGACAAAGAUUCAGAACCCAAAGCGAGCCAGACAGCGGAAAGGACUAACAACCCGUUAACCCUAUUAAAAGAGGACCUCAAUAGUUUAAAGGAAGAACUCUCGAACGUUUUUAAAAUUGGUCCUUCAAGAGACAGAGAGAACAAGAAUGGAACAGAGAAGGAGGACUCCAGAAGUGAAACCAGCAUGAAAGCCUCCAGAGCAGAGAGAACAGAAGAACCUUUAAAGAGCUUUUUCGGGAGAGAGAAACCACUCCAUAAGGCGGCUCAAAGAAAUCACAUGGAGGAACACAGAAACAGCAAAGCAGAUUUAGAAAUUAAUUUUACAAAAACAAAGACAGACACAGAAACAGAUGAGAAGUUUAACAGCACAGCAAAUGGUCUGAAAACACCUGAGGUCAGUCAGCUGACUAGUUACAAUACUGAGAAAACCUCAGCUCCAGCACCACAAUGUGAGGCGAUGUUUGCAUCAAAAACAGCUACAGUUUCUUCUGCAGCUCCUGAAAAAGACAAGACUAACCUCUGGAAGGAUAGUUUAUCUCCUGUGCCACCAGCGGAGGAGGUCAAAUCUUUAGAGAAAGCUCUGGCCUCUGAUAUCACUUUAUUCCCUCUAAGAACUCACCUGAGUACUGAACCAACAGAAGACCUGUGGUCUUUGAAAAACUGUGCCAUUUAUCUGACCUUUGACCCCAACACGGCCAACUCAGAGCUUCGCUUAACUGACCAGAACAGAAAGGCAACUCGGGACUGGUUAACACAUCUAUCUGUGGACCACCCGGAGCGAUUCGACGAAUGCCCACAGCUUCUGUGCAGGGAGGGGCUGUUGGACACAGCUUACUGGGAGGUGUUGUGGAGCGGCGGUGUCGACAUCGGUGUGACCUACAACAAUAUCUCCAGAGACAGCGUGAGCUGCCUGCUGGGACACAACGAGCAGUCCUGGAGUCUGGAGUGCUCCGAUGGGUUCUACACCCCAUGCCACAACAACAAGAGAUUCCGGUCCUCCUCACCUCAACCCUUCACCAACAGGGUGGGGGUUUAUCUCAACUAUCCUGCUGGAGAGCUCUCCUUUUUCUGCAUUUCCCGGGACACAAUGAUUCACCUGCACACUUUUACCUCCACCUUCACAGAGCCGCUAUACCCAGGCUUCUGGGUGUGGGCCGAUAACGGCUCGGUGACACUGUGCCAGGUGGAACUAGGCUGGGAGCGACUCCUGUAAUGAGACUCAUGGUGCAACUGAAGGAUUGCUAACAUUUAGCAAAAUAUUUUAACUGUCCAUCUAAAUGCUGUGGGAAUUAACCUUCCUUUAAACUUCUUUCUUUUCAUGAAGGACAAACUGUGUCAUCAUAUACAAAAAUUAUCAUAUAAAAAAAAUUAUUUAAUGACAAUAAAAAGGGAAAUAAUAAAUUAAUAAUUAUUAAU